AUGGGUCGUAAAAAGAUUCAGAUAAAACCUAUUAAAGACGAGAGAAAUCGUCAAGUGACUUUUUUGAAGCGCAAGUAUGGGCUUAUGAAGAAAGCUUACGAGCUCAGUGUAUUGUGCGAUUGUGAGAUCGCAUUAAUUAUUUUUAAUUCAAAUAAUAAGCUUGUUCAAUAUGCGAGCACGGAUAUUGACAAAAUCUUAUUGAAAUACACUGAGUACAGUGAACCUCAUGAAAGUAAAGGUAACCAUGAUCGAUAUGGUAUGCCAUCCCCACAACAGACGUAUUCCUCAACACAAGUAUCCGGACAAUCCGGUCCAUAUUCCAUUAAUAAUUAUCCUAUGUACGCACAAUCUCAACAUCAGCAAUUUAUGGUUCAACAGACCCAACAAUUUUAUCCACAGGUUACUCAAGCCAUGCAUCAAUCCAUGACACCCAUGUCUUUACCAAUUACGAAUGUGCCUAUGCAGGUACCAGCUUCUAUUGCACCCAAUGUACCUGUAGAUGUACCCACAACCACAUCCAUUUCGUCUCCUCAAUUAUCAAGCUCUAAUACACAGAGCUUACCUAUGUCUCAAACUCCACAAAUUGAUACAAACGGGGAUCUCAUGUCACCUUCACUCAUAACAUCUUCUCCAAAGAAGCCAAAACUCCGUGUUCAAAUUCCGGAGGCAAAAGAAAAGCAGUCAACCCCUAAUGCAGUACAACAACCACAGACAAUUAAGUCUGAUCCAUCACCAGAACAAGAAACUAUUUCUGACCCGCAGCAAACGAUGAUAUCACAACCGCUGCAAUCGUCUCGCCCUACUCCGGGUACCACUGAAACGGGUCCGACGUCUGCCUUGCCUUCUCAAUUUGCACAGAAUUUACCAUCACCAUCAACCUUUUUUUCAGAAUUUUAUAAAACAGCCGAAUUACCAAGUCCCCUCACAUUUGGUAAUACACCCACAAGUGCUAAUCCCGGAGCUUUUCCUUGGCCAGCUCCUCGUAUGAAUUACAUGCAUCAACCUUCACCAUUGGCCAAGCAUGAAUCUAGUUCUAAUCCAUUAAAGAAUCGACCAGCGCCAACCGAUGAAGAAGAAGACGGUGAUAGCGAGCCAGAAAAGAAAAAGACGAAACAAUGA